AUGCUCACUCAGAAUGACAUGAGGCACGAACAAACCGCGCGACCAUCCUGUCUCGUUACCAUCCUUGCUCUCGCACUGAACCUCAUCAUCUUUGGCGCAUAUGCGACUGCUAGCUAUGACUCGGUCCCGACUACUUUCAUUACCUCUACUCUUACUCUGGCUCGUCGAUAUGAUACGGGCAACAGCAAGAAUGCCAGUGGAGGCACUCCGUACACUGUCGUUGCUGGUGACACCGCCUACAGCAUCUCUACUCGUUUUGGAAUAUCAUUGUCAUAUCUGACAGCUACAAAUGACGAAGCUCACAUUGACAAUUGGGAUUUCCUUCAACCUGGUCUUGUCCUCUGGAUUCCGUUGCCAUCAACCCCGACUGUCGCGAGCAAUAUAUCUACAGGCAGUCCGCCUGCGAAUACGGGAACGAUCUACCCAGAUAUCGCUAGCAUAACAUCUCCAGGAAGUCCACCUGCGACGACAGGCACGGUUUAUACCGUCCAACAGGGUGACACUGGCGAAGUCAUAGCGUCCAAAGUGAACAAGCCUUUCGCAGCAAUAUCCGUGGCCAAUCCGACCGCUACCUGGACUCAGCUUUCUGUUGGUGAAACGCUGGAAAUCCCUCAAAUGACUACGGCUACGCUCAGUCUCACCUCGCUGGGAGGUAUAUUCUUGAACUGGACAUCAGUAACCAAUACAGCGGCACCUACCUCGACCGACCAGUUGCCUUCGCCCUCGACUUCAGGAUCAUACACUGUUUCUUCAGGGGAUACCGGUAACAUUAUUGCUUUGAAGGCAGGUUUGAGUUUUGAGCAGCUCUCUGCGGCCAACCCCGGGUUAAAUUGGUCUGCUCUCACGCCAGGUCAAGUUCUCACUCUACCUCCUCCACCAGGAAUCCAGUCUCAUUCUGCAACCACACCAACGACCACCAAUUCCCCCUUGUCUCUCGCAUCCGCCGUCGCAGAUCCCGGUUCUGGCCUCCUCAAACUAGAGGGAGCGUUGGCCACUAAGCAGAUCGACCUUGCAAACGGAAGGGUAUCUGCUCCGGACGUAUACACAUUCUACUCUGGUGAUGGUUCAGUCGAGGCCGGAUGGCCACCAAUGUCCCAAUGGCUGUCGUAUGACGCACUGUUGCAUAAUGUGAAGCCCUACAUCGGGCAGAACUGCAUCAACAACGUUCCAGGCAAUACCCCUGAUGAGACGACACAAGUCCUCGACUCGAUCAUCACCAUCGCCAACGAGACGGACGUGGAUCCUCGGUUCAUCCUGGCCGUCGUUAUGCAAGAGUCCAACGGAUGCGUCAGGGUGGCGACGACGGCGGUCAGCAACGCGAACCCAGGUCUCAUGCAGAGUUACGAAGGCAAAGCAAGCUGCGACAUGAACGGAGUCCCCGUCUCCCCUUGCCCGCAGGCCAGUAUUUAUCAGAUGAUUGUCGACGGCACAGCCGCACAGGUGGACGGACCGACCUUGAUCAACGCUCUGAACAAGGCUCAGCAGUUGGCCGACUGUGAACCCGCGCAGGCUUUUUACCGUGCUUCUCGUCUCUACAACUCGGGCUUGAACAGUCUACAGACGAGUCUGGAUCUCGGCAGCGAAACCAGCGGCACUCGAUGCUACGCUAGCGACAUUGCUAACCGCUUGACGGGCUGGGUCAAUGGUGCGACCGUUUGCUUUCUGAGGUAG